UUGAAUAUGGGCGGGACCCCACAGGUAGCGUUAAAUAUAAUGUACUUAAGGACAGGGUGCAGGAGAUUUCUUUGUAUCUGCUGUCUGUACAGAAGUCUUGAACUGAUGUCUCUCCGCAAAACUCUCCCUGCCUUUGGGCGCGCGACUCUUGACAGGAGUUUGGUGAUCUCCACUCGCCAUCAUCGGAGUGUGCAAGCGUUACAUCCAACCAAAACAAACACAGAAGACGAGUCCGUGGACAGCAGAGAGCAUGUAUCUUACAGUAACAAGAUCGCCAUUGACUUUGAACAGACGAAAGAAGCCUACAAGAGCAAAGACACUCUUGAGUUGCUUAGAAGCUUGGUGGUUUUCAAACUGUGCUCCUAUGACAUCCUGGUUGAUAAGAAUAAAGAGAUAAUGGACCUCAGCAGAAAGUUGUUGGGACAGAAUAUGUUUGAGCAGUUUAUGAAGAUGACAUUCUACGGUCAGUUUGUGGCAGGAGAGGACCAUCAGUCCAUCAGGCCUGUAGUGCAGAAGAACCAAGCGUAUGGAGUCGGGGCUGUGCUGGAUUAUAGUGUAGAAGAGGAUCUCUCACAGGAAGAGGCUGAGAGGAAAGAGAUGGAAUCUUGCAUGUCUACAUCAGAGAAAGAAAGCCCUGGAGCUGACCACCGGGAGAAGAAGUUCACAGCCCAUCGGAAGUUUAGCAAUCGUCGUGAAGGCGUGACAAGCGCUCGUACUUAUUUCUAUGCCGAUGAGGCGAAAUGCGACCAACACAUGGAGACUUUCCUGAAAUGCAUCAAAGCCUCGGGUGGAAGUUCUGAAGACGGUUUCUCGGCUAUUAAGACGACUGCCUUGGGGCGACCACAAUUCCUGCUCCAGUUCUCCGAGGUGCUGGUGAAAUGGAGACGCUUUUUCAGUUUCCUGGCUGCCAAGCAGGGAAAAGACGGCGUGGAGGUGCUGGAGCAGAAACUGGAUCUAGAGCAAUUGCAGACAUGUCUAGCUAGACUGGGAGCUCAAGGCAACAUUCAGAGCUGCUUCUCUGAUGGACGACUGCACUCAUCAGGCAUGGUGGACAUGCUGGACUGGAACCGUCUGAUCGACGAGAGAACGAAGAUAUCUGAUCUACUGGUUGUCCCGAACCUGCAGACUGGUGAGUUGGAGCCUCUUCUGUCCAAGUUCACGGAGGAAGAGGAAAGGCAGAUGAAAAGGAUGCUUCAGCGACUGGACGUCUUGGCUAAGCAUGCGGUGGAAAAUGGCGUCAGGCUGAUGGUGGAUGCCGAACAGACGUAUUUCCAACCUGCCAUCAGCAGACUCACUGUGGAAAUGAAGAGAAUCUUCAACAGAGACAAAGCUGUCGUUUUCAACACCUAUCAGUGCUACCUCAAAGAGGCAUUUGAUAACGUGUCCAUGGAUGUGGAGCUAUCAAGACGGGAGGGCUGGUGUUUCGGUGCCAAGUUGGUAAGGGGGGCUUACAUGUACCAGGAGAGAAGCCGAGCUGCGGAGAUUGGAUACGACGACCCCAUCAACCCCGACUAUGAAUCCACUAACAGAAUGUACCACAGGUGUCUGGAUUACGUGCUGGAGGAGAUCGAACAGAAUAAGAAAGCAAAUGUCAUGGUGGCAUCACACAAUAUAGACACUGUUAAACAUACACUCAGAAGGAUGAAUGAAAUGGGUCUGGCACCCACAGAUAAGAAGGUGUACUUCGGCCAGCUCCUGGGAAUGUGCGACCAAAUCAGCUUUCCAUUAGCUCAGGCAGGAUUCCCUGUGUACAAGUAUGUUCCUUAUGGUCCGGUGAACGAGGUGAUUCCUUAUUUGUCCCGUCGGGCACAGGAGAACCGCGGCAUUAUGAAAGGAGUGCAGAUGGAGAGGGAGCUUCUAUGGAAAGAGCUGAUGCGCCGACUGACCAGUGGAGAGGUCUUCUACACACCUGCUGUAUAAAACACACUCGGCUUCUCACCAGAGACUCCUUACGCUUGCUUUUUGCCUGUUCACCCAUUCAUUCGUAAAUCUUUUUUUUCCCACUCUCACCCAGGCUGUUCAUGAUGUAACGCACACGGGAUCCAUUUAAAUCAAAUACCACAGUUGGGUGAAGCUCACAAAAUGCAAAUCAUACUUAACCUGAAAAUCACAAAUCUAAAAAAAUACAAAUAUGUCUAUUUGGAUAAAAAAAAUGAAGUCUGUUUUUCGAGUUUCUGCAUUGCAGCAUUAUUUUCAUGACAAUUAAGCACAUUUUGCCUCACAAUUAUAAUGUUUUAUUUUUUUGUCAACCAUGAAAACAAUGCACCUAACAGCUGGUCAAACGUAUUCAUCAAGUAUUAAUGGGUGAAUCUCAUCAAAUCAUAUUUUACCUAAAAAUCAAGAAUAUAAAAUAGGACAUAUUGCAAAUUUUGCAUAAAUAAGACAAAGCUGGUCAAACAUAUUUAUUAAAUAUUAAUGGGUGAAUCUCACAAUGUC